GGGGAUUCCCCAACUUUCGCAGUGUAUAAUUGGUCUGGGUGACGUCGGGGUAUUUCCACAGUUUUGUCUCUGGCGCAGUUUAGAUCGGUUCGGACAGAGAUCGGCUGUGUUGAGAACCUACGAAAGAGAGCUGCUUGUUGCAAGACAAAAAUGCCGUCUGACAUUUACUCCACGCUGUGGGCUCUGGACCAUAACAGGCUGGAGAGAGGGGUAGAUUAUGACGUGAACCUUUGCGGUCAAAGACUGUUCACUUUGAAACGACGCACGUUGGAAAGCCGGAUCCCAACUUACAAAGCCUUUCUGAACUUGCUGGAUGACUACGAGGCUGACGUCGACCAACCAGAGGAGGUGACAGAGAAAGAGCAGAACGACGCCCGAGCGUUCCUGAACCGCUGCCUGGAAACUGAGGUGAUGAAGGAGGCGCAUGCCUUCCUGGCUGAGGAAGGAUGUGCGCCUGAAGGAAAAAGAGGUUUCAAGGACAUGUUAUACAAGAUGUGGUUCACAUCCUAUACCAGGACUCACAACGACAGGGCUCAGCGAUCCUCCUCGGCGUUCGAGCACACCUUUGUGGGGGAGACGCGCUGUGGCCACGUCAUCGGUUUCCACAACUGGCUCCGCCUCUACGAUGAGGAGCGCCGCGGAAACAUCCGGCACAAGGGCUGCAGGUGCUGUGACUGUGAUGACCGCAUCAUCCUCACCAUUGACUUCGACUGGAAGGGCAAGAGCAAGACCAGGGACAGCUUCUUUGUGGGCACGAGCCCGGAGUUCGAGCUGGCCCUGUACACCGUCUGCUUCCUGGCCGGGGACGGAGCAAAGACCGAGGUCGAACUUGGAGGAGAGAGAGUCACCAUCGCCACUUAUAAACUGAAUGGCCAGAUCGGGUCUUGCUAUCCGAUCCUACAGGAACAAGAUCUAUCAGACACGGAAUCUGACACCGAGGACGAGAGUGACGACAACCUGUCGGCCGAGGGGCUGGACUUCUUGGAGUACCUGGAAGAUCAGAACAUCGGUCCAGAGAUGGGGAAGCGGAGGCUGAAGGGAAUCUACGAGGACGACUACACGGAGUCGUGUGGUAGGAGGUCCAGGACGCCCUUCUCACAGGUUCUCUUCACCCUCAAGAAGGAGGGCAAGGUCGAGGUUCACAUCAACAACGAUGGAGUAGACAUCGUCACCAUCCUUGAGCACACUUAGGUCCAGCAGUACACGGGGUUAAAAAGUCUAUAUAGAUCUGUGUCAGGCUCACUUCAUUCCGUAACGAUAUCAGUAACUCCACUGUGGUUUGACACAAGCACAGAUCCAUAGGCAUAGCGUUUUAUAGUGACGUGAUGUAUGCCAUAAUGUUGAUAUUAUUACCUGUUGUGAACAUAGCUGUAGAAUCGACAUUUUCCACAAGAAAGGUUUGACACUAAAUGUUGGUCCCAGAGAUUAAAAAAUCACAAACCUGCUUGCUAUUUGUGUCAUCCCGGCUUUGAUUGGAAGAUAAUGGUGUGUGGCAUCUAACGCCGUAUGUGUGAUUCGCCGUUGUCUAGCCAGUCCUUUAUCAUGUUCAUCAGGACUGGCAGACGAGCAUAGGUUUGAAUAGGGAUCAGAAAAGAACCAGGGAUAGGUGUGAACAAGGUGUGAAUAGGGAUCAGAACAGAACUACAAUGAAUGAAUGAAGACCUUUAUUGUACAUUUUGCCCCACUGGGCUAAAGACAGGUCACAUAUUGACAAAGUACAUCAAUGUUGAUAAUAAAACGGCUAUAGUACACAAGUA